GUACUUGCUCGCCGCUGAAGCCUGAAGCCUGAAGCCGGAGAGUCCUCAGACUCUCCCUUUUUUCGUACUCUCUCUAGCUUAGAGCCCUUUAAUCAGCCGACAUUCUAGUCUAGAGCCUUUUAAUCAAACAUUCUUGUCACAUAUAUCUAUUUUUUUCUCAGGCUACACACCUUCAGCGAACAAAAAUGAGUGCUCCCCUACCACUCAUUGACCCGACCAGCUUUACUCUGCCCAAUCACAAGAAUCCGGAAUAUGCACCUCUGAUCAACAUCUUGACGGGUACCGGCCUCAGCUUAGACGAUGCCGUGAAGGAGAUGGAUGAGGUAUGGAAGGCGGCACAGAAGAAGAGGGUCCAGGAAUGGAAUGACGAGCUGCGCAGGGUCGAAGCGGAUCGCGCGAAAGUCAGGGCUGACGAAGAGAAGAAGGAGGAGGAAGAGAGGUUGAAGCGCGAAGAGGAGGAGAGGAAGGAAAAGGACGAAGAAGAAAAAAAGCGGGUUAAGAUGCCUGCCAUGGAUGAAGCUACGACCAUCUCCGCGACACCCCGCUUCCCAGUCCCUCAGUACGCACUCGACAAAAUCUCAAAAAAGUUGUGGGUCGAACACGACUUGUUUACACCACGGAUGGCCCGCAAAGCGGCCGUCGAAUCACGUUCAAUUCCUACCAACCCCUUCUCGGGCCUCCCAGAGUCGAAUCCGCUCCACGCCCUGUCGACGCUAGUCGAAACCCAAAAGCCCCGAGGCGUCAUUGCGGACGAGGCGCUUUCCUACAGCGACCUGUCCAUCGCCAGCAAACACUUUUUACGAGCUAUCCACGACGCCGACUGGGAUGAGGAGCACGUUGAGGCCUGGACGGUCCUCUACUACGAACUCGACAAGCAUCCCUAUCGUUCCGAAUCCGAAGAGGAGCGCGAGUUGUACAACGAAGUGCUUGUUCGCUACCACGCACAGGCCAAACGUGAGUUCUUCGACGCGAUCAAGCGCAAGGCCAAGUCGGUCUUCAAUAUCGGCCGCAUAAAUCAAGAGCGCAUGGAGAAUGUCUUGAAGGACAUCAAGCGUGAACGAGACGCCGUCAUCACCAAACGGAGUAUAGCGGCGAUAGAGCAGAUGGAGCGGCUUGUCGAGGACAGCUCUCGCCCAAAAGAGAACUCUCGGGAGCGUGGGCCCAACGCCAUGCAAAGAACGCGCUACCGCUCCCCAGAUCGAACCUCUCCCCGUCGUCGUUCCGCCUCCCCACACCGCAGACGCUCGCCGUCGCCACCCCCGCGCCGCUCACCUCGCGAUCGCUACCUAAAAAUUGCAUCCUCCGGUCGACGAGACAACGAGAAUUUUCGUCCGGACGCAGGUACCGCGGCCUUAUCCGCCUGCGUCAUCUGCCUGGGCCGCCACCGCCACAGACUCUCCGAGUGCGCAAGCCUCACCCUGUGGAACGGUGCCCCUGCUUACUCCGAACGACGAGGAAAGGCCGUCACGAUCAAAGCCUCACGGGAAGCGGUAUGCCUCUCCUGGAACUACCCAAACGGCUGCGACGACGGCUCUCACCCCGGGCGUCACAUCUGCACCGGCUGCGGCUCUUCUUCCCAUGGAGCCCAGCGCUGUCAUCUCGCAGAGAAGACGAACACCACGGACUCCGCUUAAAGCGGAUGCCUGGGAGGCGUAUCUCAUCAAGUCAGGCCUCAUCGCAAGAUACCCGCUUCUUCCUCGGUCUCUUCGUUCCGGUUUCUUCAUUGGUGUUCUCUCUAUUUCGCAUACUUUCACUCCACCUAAUCGUCCCGCCGUACACGAAUAUGCGGACGCCUUCCAGACUAUCAUCCAAAAGGAGAUUGAGGCCGGCCGUUACCUUGGCCCCUUCACUCGUCUCCAAAUCGAAAAUUCCAUCGGCCCAUUCCAGUCUUCCCCUCUCUCCCUCGUACCAAAAGCUGGGAAGCCCGGAAAAUUUCGUCUUACUCAAAAUCUAUCUCAUCCACGCUCUCCGCUCGUGCUACUGUCGUCACCCUCAUCCCCAAUCACGAUAUCUUCCAUCAACUCCUCUAUCGAAGCUUCCGACUUCCCUUGCACAUGGGGCACCUUCACCGUCGUCUCGCUCUGGCUCUACCAGCUCCCGCCCGGUUCUGAGCUUGCAUGUCGUGACAUCGCCGACGCGUUCCGCUCAGUCCCUUCCGAUCCAUCACAAUGGCCAGGAUCCGUCGUCCGCACCGGUGACGAUGAGUUCUUCAUCGAUACCAAUGUCAUGUUUGGCAUCACCUCGGGUGUGGGAGUCCAUGGUACCGUCGCAGAUGCUGGUACCGACAUUUUCCGUUGGAAGGGAAUGGGGCCAGUCUCCAAGUGGGUGGACGACCACCUGUUCGCUAGGAUACUCCGCGAAUACCUCCCCGAGUACAACAGACGACGUGCUGCCGCUCAUCAGCGUAUCGAAGCCAACGGCGGACGGCGUCAAGAUGGAUCUCGCCUCUGGUACGCGGGCACGACCCUUCCGGAUGGGCGAAUCGAGGAAUUCGACAACGACUGCAAAUUUCCGCUGCAAGACCUAUCCUCCCGUUCAUCUCGCUCACCUAUGGACGCUCGGUUCUCAUACUGUAUGGCCGACAUCGACGAACUAUCCGAAGAAUUGGGCCUCCUUUGGGGCAAGGAUAAGGACAUCUCAUUCCGGCCGCUCUGCCCAUUCACAGGCCUGGAGUGGGACAUUGAGAGACGGAUGGUGUCGGUCGGGGAGGCAAAGAAACAGAAAUAUCUCAACGCCAUCGCGGUGUGGCGUGAGCAGCGGUCCCACGUCCUUCAGGAAACACAAAAACUCUAUGGCAAGCUUCUGCACGUCUGUCAGGUCAUACCACGAGGACGAGCGUUUCUCACCAACCUGGAGACCUUACUCCAACUCUCCCAUGAUCGUCCAUUCGUUCCGCUCACCCCUCCAUCCGGCACAACUGAAGACAUCGAAUGGUGGUGUCGUACACUCUCACGACCGUUCCUCUCCCGGUCUCUCUUCAUUCCGGCCGUGGUCGCGGACCCAGGCGCCUUCUCGGAUGCAAGCUCUGGAACAGGGAUCGGGAUCGUUAUCGGGGGUAGAUGGAGAGCAUGGCGACUUCUCCCUGGCUGGAAGCAGGACAGGCGCGACAUUGGUUGGGCGGAGGCCGUGGGCUUCGAGCUACUCGUCCGAACCCUAUUCAGCAUCGCCGACUGUCCAUCACAUAUCAAGGUGUACGGUGACAAUAAAGGAGUGGUCGAAGGAUGGUGGAAGAACCGAAGCCGCAACCCGACCGUCAACGCAGUCUUCCGUCGAGUCCACGACGUCCUUGAAGAGAAGGAUGGCACGGUAUACUCCCGCUACGUAUCAACCCAUUCCAAUCCCGCAGACGACCCAUCCCGAGGUAUCUACGGCGCGAAUUCUCUCCUACUACCGCCGGUCAAAAUCCCCAACGCCCUUACGCCAUACCUUGUCGACUUCGAUGCCCCCUUAUCUCCCGUGGAGAAAAAGGCUCGCACUGAGCAGUCCUACAAAUCACAGCCGAAAGUCCUCGAUGACAAAGCGCGCAGACGGGGCUCCGAUAUCAACCUUGAACUUACGGCUAUCGGCAACUCCCUCCUCGCUAACGAGAUCUACUGGUGGGACUGAGCACAGUUUCGGUGCGGUCAUCUCCCUCCCCUAUCGCUUGCCGGUAGCCCAGCGCCCUCGUCCCUAUCACUCUCACCUCACUCCCCUUCCAUCGCCUCUUCGUCCUCACUGCUUUGCACGCGAAAGGUUACUUGUCUGGCGUCCCGAAUCAUCCCGCGUCGCCACCGAUCAGUUUGGGCGUCCUCUCCCGCUAUCUCCAUUUGACCUUGAACGCCUCCAAGCAGUCCUAGCACAUGCGUGGGCCGACUCUUCAUACGAGACCUAUGGUUCAGGCCUCCUUCUCUAUCACAUCUUCUGCGACAUUUUCAACAUUUCAGAAUUUCAGCGGGCUCCGACCUCCCCAGUCAUCAUGUCUUUAUUCAUAUCUAUGCUCGCCGGCUCUUACUCCAGCAGCGCCAUAGCGAACGCAGUGGCCGCGGUCCAAGCUUGGCAUACGCUGCACGGUGUUCUGUGGGUGAUGGACAAAAAAGAGAUCGGGUUGAUGCUGAAGGCGGCAGAGCGCUUGGUACCGGAAUCCUCCCGUCGGCCUAAACGAGACCCCUUUACCAUCGAGAUGCUGGACGCCAUCGGGUCCUCACUCGAUCUCACCGACUCCUUUAACGCAUGCUUCUGGUCGUGUCUCACUACGACUUUCUACGCUACGGCACGCCUCGGGGAAUUCACGCUUCCAACCCUCAAUGCCUUUAAUGGCAGUGAUCAUGUUAAACGGUCAGAUAUCCGACGCGCAGUCGAUGAUGAAGGAAAUGAGGUCACAAUCUUUCAUCUUCCGAGAACAAAGUCCGCUCCGAUUGACGGUGAGGAUGUAUUCUGGGCGCGCCAGCCCAAUGCUAUUUCCGACCCAGAACGUGCUCUUCAGCUACACCUCCUAAUCAAUGAUCAUGGUGAUAACUGCGCUCUCUUUUCAUACACCGACAAUCGCGGCUCUCAACGUCCCCUCACCAAAACAGCUUUUCUCACCAAGCUUACUGAACUCGGCGACCUCCUCAACAUGCAAUUCCCACACGGUCACGGAAUUCGUAUCGGAUCCACGGUCUGGAACCUCCUCCGAGGCAUGCCUUUUGAGGUUAUGCGAGUUAAGGGCCGCUGGAAGAGUUCAGCCUUUCUCCUCUAUCUUCGCCGUCACGCCGAAAUCCUUGCUCGAUACAUCCAGCAAAACCCGCAGCUCCAAGAGGCCUUACGGCGGAUCACGCUGCCUCCAAUUCGCUAAUUCUCAGGUCGGAAUGUGCCGGGAUUCGGAAGGCUCGCCUUCGGCGGGCUUUCGCCCACUCUUGCUUAUUCUAUGC